UGACAAUAAAGUUGUUCGGCAAAAUGAUUGUGUUUUUGUUAUGAAUUGUUAGUAUGGUGAAUUAUUAGUGAUUUUAGUUCAAAUUUUUUUGAUUAAACUCAAGUUUAGGAGUCUAUUUAAACUACUUUACAAAAUACAUGAUCCAAAAAAGUAUAAACUAUUAUGUAAAUUAUGCUUCACUUCUUAUUUUAAACAAUCUUGUUGUUCAAAAAAAAAAAACAAGAUUCUUUUUCUUUUUCUUUUUCUUUUUCUUUUGCCCUUAGUUGAUCUUUCUGUUUCUCAGUUACUUUUAUAGAUACAUUAUAUAAACAUAUAUGUAUCCUCAUCAAUCUAUACAAAAUCAAGGGCUCUUAUCUUUAUAUCCACACUUCAAUAUUCCUCUCACUUGACAUCUCUCUUUAAUUUUUACUUUGAAUUUGGCGCCUGACCAGCCUCUCUUUCUUCUUCCUUAUUCUCCUCAGCAUACAUGUAAGUACUCUCCCUAUCUCUUUGUUUUGUAGUAAUUAUGAUUUCACAGAUCUCCUUCGAUGUAGUACUAGUAUAUUGCAUUAAACCUAUUUUGAGGUUUUAAUUUGUUUCGUUUUGUAUCUUAACUGUUAUACAAUGUACAAUACGAUAAUUUUGUUGUUAUAAUGUCUUAAUUGAUCAUUCUUUUUACUUACCUAUGUUUAAAUCAGAUACCUAUGUUUAAAUCAGAGCUAGAAAGUCGGAUUGAAUCACAAAGGACUACGUGCAUCUCUGUACUAUCAUUUUAAGAGUGUUUGGUAUAAGAGUUUGAUUUGGUGGGAAUAAGAAUGCCAAAUCUUACCUAUGUUUGGUAAAUUUAUUUUUAAUGGCUUGAGAGUUUCUGUUUCCAAGUGAGUCUCAUUUUUUAGCUUGAUUUGAAGCUAAUCUUAAUCCCUUUAAACACUUGAGUUUCACAUUCUCUUAAUCUAAAUUCCUUCUAACUCUACUCACUCAAUCCUAAACCUCAUACCAAACACCCCUUAUAGUAUUUCUUUGGCGAUCGAAUUGAAAAUGGAGAUCCAACACUUUAGACAUGGGAUGCAUCCUUUGGUGUUAAAGGAUGGCAAGAACACAAUAAUCAACGAGUCCAUUAAAUGUGACAUUUGUGAUCGCUCUAUCAUUGCAUCAGCUCCUUUCUAUAGCUGCGAUACAUGCCAAUAUUACCUCCACAAAUCAUGUGCCCAAUUGCCACAAAAGAUCAUUCACCACUCCUUUCACCCUUCCCACCCUCUCACCUUAUCAAUUCAUGAAUACAGAUUUUGCCAUUCUUGCAACACAUAUUUCACAAAUUCUCCCAUGUACUUAUGUACUGAUUGCGACCUUAGCUUACAUUUGGAAUGCGCAAAACUGGUCCCCAUUACACACUCUACUCAUCAUCAUCCAAUGUCACUACUCAUAAAUGAGGACAACAAAUACGCAGCCGAUUGCUUUGGAUGCCGAUCAAUGAUAAACUCUAGUGACCGUGCUUAUGGUUGCACAGAAUGUAAGUGUUUCAUUCAUGAAUCAUGUGCCGAGUCUCCCAAACAAAUUCAAUAUCCUUUUCAUUUGGAUCACGACCCUCUUUCCCUUCACAUGCAAUACUUUGGGUUUGAAUGCACAGUCUGUAAGAAAAGCUUCGAUACGUGUUUCAGUUACAACUGUGGAAAGUGUAGUUUUCAGCUAUGCUUGAAAUGCAGUGCAACCAAAACGAGUGCAAGUAUUAGGUUUGGUAAUCACCCACACCUUCUUUGUUACUUGGACAACAUAAUUCCUAUUAAUAAUCAGUGCAGCAUCAAUGAUUGCUAUGGUAAACGACCAGAUGUCUCUCAGAGCAAAGAACUUUCUCGCACCUCUUCUUGUGUAACUUAUUGUUUGGAGUGCAACUUCAGAGCCCACUUACUUUGUGGACCAUUGCCUUUCACAAUCAAAUAUGAGUUUCACAUUCAUCCUCUCAUUCUUGUUGAUUUGAUCGCUGAAGACGAUUCAGAAGAUUAUUAUUGUGAUAUUUGUGAAGCGCAGAGAGAUCCUCGAAUACGCGUUUAUUAUUGUGAACCGUGCAAGUUUAUAGCACACAUACAUUGUCUCACCAACGAGAUCAUAAAAACACUAACAGGAGACCUCAAAGACGUGGAGCUGAACAAUUUAGGAGAAGAUAUUUGGAAACUGAUGAUGCGAAAAGGAAACGUUGAAUUUGUAGAUAUAGUGGAAGAAGAGCAAGGAAAAUCUCCCAUAACCUUGAAAGAUUUGUUACAAAUGGACAAGGCUUUGAAGAGCUAUUACAAAUGGAAUGAGGCGCCAUCAGAGUUAAAGGGACACUCGGAAGAAAAGGUUGACACUAAAGAUAUUGAUUGGAUUGUACAACUUUCUCGCUUUACCACCAAGAAUUUUGAUGAAUUCUGGAACGACCUUUUUGAGUUCUACCGGAAUACAACAAUGGAAUUAGAAUCAGGCGAUUUGGGAUUGAAGAUUGUAACCGUCAAAGGUCAUAAGAUACCAUUUACUUUAGCACUUGUUCUGAAUAUAUUGCUUGAUAAGUAUGGAGAUGUUGGUUCUCAUAGUACAAAAUCUGAAAGCAGGAGGCACAUAGCGUAUUUCAUUUUAUGUAAGGUCUUAAAAGAAAUGUGCAGUAUUUUGGUUGGAGCCAUCACCAAAGAACAUCUUCAAAAAUGGUAUUACCACUUGACUUUCGUACAAAGAAAUGGCUUUAGAAUUAAUUUUGCAAUUACUCAUCUGAAAAAGCUCGUACGUUCUUUCUUGGGUAAUCAAGCAAAACGACUUGAAGCUGAAAUUCCCACAAUAAUAAAGAAAAGGAUGGCAGAGCUAAAACAAGAGAUAAAAAAGGAAGAGUUGAGAUUGGAAAAAAGUGAGGAGUAUAAUAACAAGUCUCUACCAAAGUCCGAGUUCAUGGAGGAUUGUUUGAAUUUGGCUUCUACAUCGAAGUGGAAGAGUGCAUGUAAAGAUUUGCUAUUCUAGUCAUCUUUGUCUAGCACUAUCCACUAUUGAAUAUGAGUUAUUAUUCUAGAUAUUGAAUAAAAAGCAUUUUAUUUGCUUC